AUGAAUUCAACUGCAGCAUCAGACUCGACGAGGACAGUUCCUGCAUGUGAUCCAGCGAUUCUGCAAGGAACGCUUGAUCAUACAACCCAGGAGGCCUAUGGAUGGCUUGUCUUCAUUACCGUCAUCUGCAUCGUUACCUGUCCACUUACAACUACAAUGAAUGCACUAAUCAUAAUCUCUGUAAAGACUAAAAAUCAAUUGAAAACCAAGUCUAAUAUUGCACUCGCUUGUUUGUCGACUACUGAUCUGGCAAUGGGUGUGAUUGGCAAACCUCUAUAUAUCUCUGUUGUGAUCGCCGAACUGCAAGGAAACACCUCCAGUACGUACUGUAUAAGAACGCUGUUAGCGACAAUCGUUUUAAGAGUGUUAGGUAUAGCAUCACUGUCUCACUUAGCCAUGGUGAACCUAGAGAGGUACAUUGCCAUCAAACAUGCCCUGCGGUACGAAACCAUCGUUACUGAAAAACGCCUCACUUGUUUGUCAUCUCUUCUGUGGAUUAUAUUAUUGACAAUAACUGUCUCUUUAUCUUUCUUUGAUGAAAACACUUAUCUUAAGGUUGACACCACUACUUUGUCUCUUUGCAUAACCACUAUUAUCUUCUGUCAAGUUGUGCUUUACCAUGAAACACGUCGGCAUCAAAAAGAAAUCGCUGCCGGGCAAUUCUCCAUGGAAACCAGAGAAAAAUUCUUAAGGGAGAAAAAAGCUUUUAAACUGACAACAAUGAUACUUUUCUCCUUGAUAUUGUGUUAUUUACCUUUCGUAGUAGUACGAAUACUAAUACCAAAGUCUGUUAUCAAUUCGGUCAACUUAGCAUACAUAGCCCUAUUUACAGGAAGAACAGUGGCAAUUUUCAACUCGAUGGUCAACCCGAUCAUUUACUGUGUACGGAUUAGACAGUUUCGCGUUGCGUUUAUUCAACUUUUGUUUAGAAAAAGCAGCACGGAAGCUUAA